GUGAUUGAACCACAAGAGUCUAAAUAGCCAAACAAAARCACUGUUGAUGUCCACGAAACAUGGAAUUGGUAAAUUUAAGCUUAUAAAAAAGUAAGCUAGGACUGUAAUUAAGCAGAUUAUACCGCAAAAAAUGUCCCAAAGAAGUCAAAGUAGGAAGAAUUUUGAUAAUCGUUGGCAUAACAACGAUGGAAGUGGACGGAGACAGUAUUCACUGUUUUCACCAUCAUAUUCAUCACGUGUUGGUGACCAAGAGACUCAUCAGUCACAUCACAGCCGUUAUAAAAAUCAUCAUGACAUGAACAGUCAUCUUCAUAAUGCAAGGUCACAUKAUCAGACCCAAGCACAACAUGGCUACCAACAAACAAACAGAAAUUCACAUAUGCAUUAUUUCAGGACUCAAAGUAAUCUUUGGCAAGACAGGAAAAGGUCUCUUGAUAUCAGAAACAGUGGAUUUAAUGAACAACAUCAUGAUAGCAAAAAGGUUUGCACUGAAGUAUCAAAUGCUCYUCAAUCAUCACAAAUGAAUAAAGAAUUCUCACACAACCAGAAAGGCCAUUCCAAUGAACCAGCACCUUGUCACUUUAACACCUUAACAACUUUAGGCCAGCAGUCUGAAGAGCAUUUGUUAGUUGGUGCUGGCAAUAAACGACGAUUCCAUUCUUUGCAUGGACAUGACGAUUCUGAAACAAGAACUAUUCAAUCUAAGAAAUGUAAAGCUGAUUAUCAGCAAGCCUCAACUUCAAAUCAAAGUGAACCAUCUAUGCCUUCAAGAACUAACUCAGGUUUUCAAAAUACUAGAGUCAAACAAACAACUUUUGUAGAAGCACUUCCUUAUCCAGCAGAAGGAGUAGAAGCAGUCUAUACAAAGAAUGCUGUAGAUGCAGAAGCAUGGCUGAAGUCUAAUAUCAUUGAUCCWGCUGUUACAGAAAUAGGUUUAGACAUUGAAUGGMGACCUCAGUUUAUUCCAAAGAAAAAAGGUGGAAAAGAAAACAAAACUGCUGUGUUACAACUAUCAGUUGAAAACACCUGUCUUGUUCUUCAUAUUUUUUACAUGAAGCAAUAUCCAAAGUUACUUUCAGAUGUUUUAUCAAAUAGAAAAGUUCUCAAGGUUGGAAGUGGAAUAAAUGGAGAUGUAAUGAAGCUCUUGAACGACACAGGUUUGUUAUGUGACGGAAGGGUAGAUACCCAAGAUUAUGCAAAAGCUCUUGGAAUACAAGAAGGAGUUGGUCUGAAAAACCUUUCUAAGCAAGUGCUUGGCAUUGAAAUGAAUAAACCAAAGUCUGUAUCUAUGAGUAACUGGGAAUUUUUUCCUUUGAGAAAAACCCAAAUCCACUAUGCWGCUUUGGAUUCAUGGGUGAGUUUAAAGCUAUAUUUGAAACUGAAAGAACAGUUGGARCUUGAAMAUAAARGGAAAUUGAGRCAAAMAAYUGUUGAAGUUCAUUAUGGAGARCCAUCUAGUAAAGGAAAAAAGAAGACAUUCAURAAACUAAGACAGGUUGUUAAAGGUUUACUAGUAGUAAAAAGUAGUGAAAGCUCUGCCUCCAGUCAAGAAAAUCCACAGACAAAAGAGAAGCCAGCUUGUGGAUCAUCUUCUCAGGAUGAUAAAAUUUUCAAAUGUCCUAUAAUUGAGUGUUGUGGAAGGUACGAGAAUGAACAAGAGCUACAAGACCAUAUCAAGAACAGACAUGUUGCUUGUAAAGUUUGUGGAAAACUUUACCGAACAAAAGUGUCAGUAAAACACARGAAGCAACAUACAAAAGAGUAAAAUGUGAAAUGAUAAAAUACCCUUAUCUGGUCGUAUUUAAUUAUCUUAAUGAGAAAAGUUUUCCAAAAAAUUUCAAUUAAAUUUACUGUAAUAUAUGUUUGGUGGUUUUUAAUUAUAAACCUUUUAACUUAUUUAAGAUUGUUAUUCUUUAAUAUAUGUGCAGAAGCAUAAUUAUUUUAAAUGGGAAAAUAAAGCUAAAAAAUACUA